CCAAUGCCUUGACAAGUGCUCUAUCAGCACAUAGCUGCAAACCGCCUUUAACGACUAGUGCCACACACGCACACAUACAAAACGAUUGCUCUCCUAAACCAAUUAAAACGAUUAAACCUAUGGAAAUCUCUCUUGGACAAUGCUCUGAGAGUAAAAUGGAAUGCAAGCGUAUACCCCCUUUUUCACCAAUUUGCACUAGCACUCUCAUUACGCAAUAUACUGAUGAAGAGUCUAGUUCGUGUUCGCCUAAUUUUAAUAUGUCAAAUGCUGAUCUUUCUCCUGCUGCCUCUGGCCCAUCAAAUGACUUGACUGUAAUGGAAAGCAACCAAAAAACAAAUCUACCACCUAUGGAGAUUGAUGUGGAAACUGAUCUACUGCCUACUAAUCGAAAUGAAAUCCAGAAUAUCACACCAAAAAAGCCUACCAAGGCUAUAAGAGAUGAUGUAACUACUCCUGAGCCUAAAGAGGAUAUAAUUAAUUCUGAUUUGCCUAGCAAGCAAAAAAGAAAAAUUAUUAUAAAUAAACCUAACAACAACAACAAGCGAUUUGCUGUGCCUCUACCAACGAUCCCAAUUUCUACAACAGGCGCUACACAACAACAACAGCGCCCACUCGAUAUUAACAGUGCUCUGUUAAACCAGCAGCCUAGUCCGAAACAACAACAACAGCAGUCAUCUGCCAACGCAACUGCUACCCAUUUACAACAACAACAAGCUCCUGGCGAAGAGGAACAACAAUUCCAAAUUGUACAAAGGUCUAAACCCAAACCUCCAGCCAUUUUUAUUACCAAUGUGCCAUCUAUCUUGCCAAUCUUGGACAGGCUAAAUUGCCUUGAUACAGAUGUCAAAUUUACUACCAAGACUGUUAAAAGUGGAGACAUCAAAAUUAUUUCUGAGGAUCUGGACUCGUAUGAGAAGAUUUUGGAUGCCCUAAAGGACUCUCGAGACCAGAUGUACACCCACCAAAACCGUGAGGAUAAAGGAUUCCGAGCCAUUAUAAAAAACUUGCAUUACUCAACUCCAUAUGAAAAUGUUAAAUCCGAAAUCAACAAGCUGGGCUUCAAAGUCCGAUAUGUUAAUAAUGUCAAACAUGUUCGAACCAACCAACCAACCAACAUGUUUGAAAUUGAACUUGAGCCUCGAAUUGAUGGAAAGAACAAUGAAAUUUUCUCAGUUAAUUUUAUUGGCAAGCAGCAAGUGGUUAUUCAAAAACAAAACAGCAGGCUUGAACCAGUUCAAUGUCAUCGUUGUCAGCUUUAUGGACACUCCAAAAACUAUUGUCGCAGAAACUUUAUCUGCCUUAAAUGUGCUGGAGCACACGCUACAACUGAUUGCCAAAAACGUAUGGACAACCCGAAGUGUGCCAACUGCGAUGGUAAUCAUAUUGCAAGUUACAAAGGAUGCCCAGCUUUCAAGUUAGCUCGCUCCAACAUGUUAAGGAACAAGCUAACCAAAAACAAUGCACAACAACAACAACCCACUCCGCAGCAACAACAGCAGCAGCAUGAUCGCAACAAAAAGCAACGAGGGCAGCAACAACAACAACAACAGCGACCUCGCUCACCACCUACUACAAGUCGCAACCAGCAGCCACCAAACAAUCAUAUGAAUAUGUCUCUCUUGCCUCGCCAGAAUGCAUGGCGACAGCCUCUGCAACCCAUUCUUGAUACUCUUAAUAUAUUAUCUCGUUCAAUUACAGCUAGCAAUGAGUAUAAAUAAGCAGCAACUCAGCACUAGAAGCAAAGCAGCGUCUAAGCAGUUAAAUCAAAAGCAGCAACAACAACUACAAAAACGCAAACCCAGUAAGCAGUCUUCACAACAAGCAGCUAUAAUUCAACAGAAGCCGAAGGCCCAACAAAAACAACAGCCGCACCAGCUACACCUGAAGCAAGCUAUCAACUUGCAUAUGCAGCAGCUUAAACAACAACAAAAUCACCAGCAAAACAGUUCUAUGGAUCAGCAACAAAACAGUCAACAUAGCAUCCAAAACAAACUACGUCCCCGACUGCAGAGUCCACAGCAGCAUCAGCAGCCGCCUCUACAACAACAACAUCAGCAAUUAAAACAACAACAGCAAACUGCACAACGAGGGACUGCCUCUUCUAAUUCUUCGCGUAUGCCUAAUGGACUUCCAACAGCGAGCGAACUGCAAAUUAUGAUUUUUAUGGUCGAUAGUCUGGCCAAACAAUUACAACCCAUCAUCUCAUUCUUAUCUAUGUAUGCAAAUUGCAUCAAUAACGUUAAUGAAAAUAAAUAUGUCUAGUUCAUUUACCAAUACUAACACUCAAUCGUUGCCCUCUCAUUUGGGCGCGAAUAUAUAUAACUUUCCUAUUGGCAGCCAAUACACAACACCUGCCAACAAACUCAAAUUAUCUUAUUGGAAUGCUUGCGGAAUAGGAAAUAAGAAACUAGAACUUUCCCAAUUCGUUAAUGAUAACAACAUAGAUAUUAUGAUGGUAAUUGAAACCAGGUUUGACUCUGCUAAUUUUACAGGUGGCAACAAUCAGCACCCUUUGCAAAUUCAAGGCUUUGUUACAUAUUAUGCUCAACAUCCAACUACCUAUAGAAAGGGAGGGGUAGCCAUUCUUAUAAAAGAAGGCAUCAAACACUGUUCAUUACAAAUCAUUUCUGAAGACCAUGUCCAAUGUGCUCCAG